GCUGGACCAAAGCUGCAGAGAGGAGUCACAACUCUGGCGACACCUGCAAACAAACUCCUAACCAACAGACUCUCACCCGGAGCGAAGAUACACGUGAAGGCAGCUGAGACAAACUUGAAUGCGGAAUAAGGCUGUGGAAAGGAGAAGCAAGCCACGGAGAAACUUUAUUGAAAGAGAACAACAAGUCGUGUGAAUUGAGUUUACGGCACAGGACCGAGAGCUGAGAGAGAGAGAGAGAGAGAGACGACAACAGGCAUCUGGUGGAUGGAGAGAAAAUGGAGGUGGACAGAAGAGAGGUGCCUCUAUAUGGACAGGUGGAGGCGAAUGUGAGGUUACAAGCCAACGCUCCCGAAGACGCAGAGUUUUAUGUCGUUUUACAAGGCUCUAGCCUUACACAUGUGACUGCAGCAAAAAGAGGAGAUGAUGGGCUGACUCUUUGCUUCACAGUUCCCGGCCAUUCCCUUGUGGAAGUUGUCUCUGUCACAUCCUACUUUUACGCAGAGGACCAAGUCAAGCCAUGCGAGGGUGAAGCAUCUCUUGAAUACCUCAGAGACGUUGCCCAGGAGGCAGCAGAAUACCUGAGUGCAAAUAGGGACCAGCUUGGCCCCCAGAGCUACCUAGAAGUCCUGAAGAGGUUUUCCGCGUUGGUGCCGGGAGCUGAUGAGGAGCUCUUCGCUGCAGGCCUGGACUGCAAUGAGGAGGAUGUGCGGCUCAGACAAAGUUCAGGUGAUGAAGCAGGUUUCAGGCAGCUGGACGAGAAGAUCACGCAGGCUAUGGCCAACAUGGAUUACCCUAAGCAGUGGAAAAAUGCCGGCAGUCAGCCGAGAGAAGCUGAUGAGCUUCAGCCCAGAGAAACCCUCCUUCACCUUGCAGUGCGUUUGGGUUUGGUUCAUCUCUCCCGUUUCUUAAUCCACCAACCAAGAGGUCAACGGGCAUUGACCUUACCCAAUCAGGAGGGAGACGCGCCUCUCCAGUUGGCUCAGAAGGACGGACAGCAUGCCAUGUUCAGGGUGCUGGCAGCUCCUCCAGGUCCUGUUGACGGCCCUGUUCCAGGUGUGUGGUGUGUGUGGUCCGACAGCUCCUGCAUGCUGAGGUUUUGUCCCGGGAUGGACUCCCUGAGCUUGACUGUGCGACAGACACCUGGCAGCCGCCCUCAGGACGGCAUCUUGAUCCUCCGAGACAGACGGGGAGACCACAGCAUCCUCCAACUGAUCAAUGUGCUCAAAGCUGACAGUGAGGCAGACAAGAGAGGCAAAGAGGAAUUCCUUCCUAGUGAUGGAGGAAUAAGCACGGAGCUCCGAGUGGAAGAGCCCGCACUGGUGGACAAUGUUUUUGAAGAACAACUUGUUCUUUCUUUGGAUGAUGACGAUGAAGAAGAGUACCCAUCCUCUUUAUCCGUAAAUGGGCAUCCCAUGCAGUCUGGUGGAGUCCAGAGCCAGUCGCCGCAGCGUGCUACAGACCCUCUGCUCUCCAUGAUCAACAGCAGCGAUCAGACCUUCACACAUCAGACACAGGAAGAAGAUGACGACAUCAAGUGUAGCGUCCGUGAAGUGACCAGGGACAGCACAGGGACAGACAGCGGGUUAUGGGACGCGGUGGAGUCAGACGAUCUCCUGCUGCUAGCCACUGACACUCCUCCUCCCUAUUCAGACGAUUUCUACACUGCCUCUAUACCCUGCUCUCCCCCACUCUCACCCGCUGGCCAGGCACUCGCCAGGCUGAGCCGCCCCGCCUCCUCUGAGCCGACCGAUGCGAGAGAAAGUCCGCCCAUGGACACCUGCGACCUCAGUCUGGUGGCUCUGGAAGUGGACAGUGAAGAGGACAGCCCUGAGCCAAAGUCUCCGCUUUCCCCGCUCUCGUCAGAUGUUGAGAAAAGUGAAGACAAAAGGGAAAUCCUUCGUCCCUCCCCUGACCUCACGUGCACUCGCAGCCAAUCUGCCUCAGCAUGUGAACCCGCCACAAAAGAAUUGGGUGACCAGGGGAUUCGGCUGCGUUCGUAUUCCUACUCUUCCCCCAAAAUCAGCUUCCGUCCUGCUCGUUUUCCCCGGGACAACAGCACAUCAGAUAUCAGCCCUGAUGCCGUACUCCACAAUGUCAGCCACAGCCGAUCUCUCCUUCAGGCCCUCUCUCUGUCUAAAUCUCUGUCUCUUCUCCACCCUGGUAAGCAAAGAGCAUCCAGUAUAUCAGAGCAGUCCCAUGAAAACAGAAUUGAAGAGGAGGAGUUGGAUAAAUACAACAUCCCGACAAAGGUGGAGUCAGAGAAGUACAAAGUCAUUCGCACCUUCAGUUUUCUCAAGAGCAGGAUGUCCAGCACGCGCAACAAGACCAAGGCAAAGGGGAAGGACAGAGAGGCCAAGGAUAGGCAGUUGAAUGGACAUCGGUUUAACACAGGGUCCUGUUUGGGCCCCACUGUGUGCGUGGUGUGUGAGAAACCGGCAUCUGGAAAAGACCUGCUGCAUUGCUCCAGUUGCACUACUAUCGUCCAUAAGGGCUGUCAGGAAUCUGUCCCCCCAUGUUUGAAAAAACUUCAGGAUAAAUAUGCCGUUACCAUGGUGAAAACCAGGACAGCAUCCCUCCCACAGAAUUUCACAGUGAGAGACAGUCCUCCUCAGUGUGUUGUCCCCAUCUCUACCUCUCUACCGCUCAUGAAAGACCCUGCGACCCAGCCGUGCCUACUCUCUGGGGCUUUCCCAAACAGUGACAGUCAGCUCAGUGAGAGUUCAGAGAAAGAGUCUGAUGCCUGGAAGGUGACCAGCCGAUCAGAAGAGCUCCUGCCGACUCCAGUGUCCUCAACUUCCACUGACUCAUCCUUCGGAGAAGACUGCGUGGACGCGUGCAUCCACAGUGACAUCUCGGCCGAUGCUGUGGAUUACGAGGCUGAGUCGUGGAGUCUGACUGUGGAGCACAAGUUCUGCAAGAAGCAGGACAAACGAGCCGUCAAGAGGCAGGAUGUUAUCUAUGAGCUGAUGCAGACCGAGCUUCACCACCUACAGACGCUAAACAUCAUGGCCGAGGUUUUCCGGCGAGGCAUGAGGGAGGAAGUGCAGCUAGAUGCAGAAGCGGUGGAGCGGGUCUUCCCCUGUCUGGACCAGCUGCUUCUCUUCCACCACGCCUUCUUCGUCGCCAUGAAAGAUCGGCGACACAGCUCCGCCCAACCCCAGGGACACAGCAAUUACCUCAUCCAGCGAAUAGGAGACGUCUUGCUCCAACAGUUUUCAGAUGAGAAUAGCGAGAAAAUGAAGCAGGUGUACGGAGAGUUCUGCAGUCGCCACAACGAAGCGGUCAGCUUUUUCAAAGAGCUCCAGCAGCAUAACAAGAGAUUUCAGAACUUUGUUAAGCAACAAGGUAAUAAUUCUUUGGUGAGACGGAGGGAGAUCCCAGAGUGCAUCUUGCUGGUAACCCAAAGGAUUACCAAGUACCCAGUGCUCUUGGAGAGGAUCCUAAAAUAUACUCAAGAGGAAACCGAGGAGCAUGCAGACCUUUCGAAAGCACUGGCUCAGAUUCGAGAGGUGAUAGCAGCCGUGGACCUCAGCGUCAGCGAAUACGAGCGGCAUCAGAGGUUACAGGAAGUGUGGAACCGCAUGGAGAACCGCAGCGCAGCCAAGCUGAAGAACGGCCAUACCUUCCGCAAGCAGGACAUGAUGGGGCCGGGACAAACGCUCAAACACCAGGGCCUGCUUCUGUGGAAGACUGCCACCGGUCGACUCAAAGAUGUCCUGGCUCUCCUUCUCACAGAUGCACUCAUCUUUCUGCAAGAAAAAGACCAGAAGUUUACCUUUGCCACAGUGGAUCAGAAGCCUCCAGUCAUCGCACUGCAGAAGUUAAUAGUGCGAGAAGUAGCAAACGAAGAGAGGGGGAUGUUUUUGAUCAGCGCGUCAGCCGCCGGGCCAGAAAUGUACGAGGUCCACACAUCAUCCAAAGAGGAACGGAACACCUGGAUGAGGCUCAUUAGAGAGGCUGUAGAGAGCUGUCCGGAGGAAGAAGAAGAAUACACAAGUGAAUCUGAAGAGGAGAAGCGAGCUGCCGAGGCGCGCAUUCAGAAGAUCAAUAAGCUACAAGAGAAUCUGCUGAGCCAGGACCAGCGGAUCUGCUCCAGCCUGGAGGAGAAGCUGCAGGUCUACGCAGAGCUCGCUGCUCUGAGUGGGAGGAACGAAGCCUCGCUGGUCCAACCGCGACUGCUCGUCCAGCCGCACUCCGAGGAGCUGCCCCAGGCUGCCGUGUUGCUGGCUGCAGCUGUGCAAGAGGCUGAGAACCUGAAAGCCACGCUGUCAUCCAAGGCCUGUUCUCCACCGAGCCCCAGCCCGGACUCUGACACCGACUCUGUGUUUCCUGUCAGCCCUGCUACGCUUGUAGAGCCCCCCUCAUACUGGCUCUCAGACACGAAUGACAUCGACUUCAAGGUUGCUCAAAGUGUCCAAAGCCUGACCAAGUUACUCUACAGUGUGCAGGCCGCAGUGACCAUCCAGGACAGCUGCUAUGAGGUCCAGAGGCUGCUCCUCCAAGAGACUGGGCGUCCUUCCCCCCGCGCCCAGCGGCCGCACCUUCCGAGCAUCCGGGGCAACACCCUACAAGAACAGGAGAAGCAGCGUAACCUGGAGAAGCGGAAGGAGGAGGUGGCGGCGGCUCAGCGGCUCCAGAACCGACUGCGCCAAGAGAAGGAGCGCUGGGAGAGGGAGUGCCAGGCCAGGGAGAGCCAGCAGGGGCAGCAGGAGAGCAGGCUGGAGGAGAGGGAGAGGCAGUGCCACCUGGAGACGGAGAGGCUGAGGCGCGAGAGGGACGAGUUGGACGAGCAGCUGGAGGAGUACCAGCAGAGCCUGGAGCGGCUCAGGGAGGGCCAGAGAAACGUGGAGAGGGAGCGCGAGCGUCUGGAGAGCCAGCAAAAGCUGCUCCAGACCUGGAGACACAGCCGGCAGAGUAGUCUGCCCACUGUGAUUCCUCCCAUGGUCAUCCCUCUAGAUGGGCAGCAGGACUCGACACCAAGUCAGUCCAGAGACCACGCCGGUAACGGCUCCGUGUUUGUGAACGAGGCUGCGUUCGCCAACACCAGCGUCAACAAUCGCCACGUCCACCACAAACGAAAUGACCCCAACGCACACAAUUGUCUCAACACCCUGCUGGCAAGAUCCAACAGCAGACAUGUCUCCAUUGCUAAGGCUCCCCACAGACCACACUCCGACUCCCAGGGAUGGGUGAUGGGCACAGGAUACCUGUGCAGCCCUGCAGGGAGGCUGGGGCUGCAGCAAACACCCAGUGAUGACCGUCACAGCUACAUCAGUGAGACCUGGUCAUCAACGGCAAGUGGAGCUAACCCAUAUCCGGUGCUCCCACAUCCCAGUGACCCUCAGCUGGACCUCCGUGCACUGGUUUCCUUGGAGACUGAGAGCGGAGCGGAGGAGGGCAGUGAGGAAACCAUUGUGUACCUCUGAAUGUUGAUAGAUUUCAGACUCUAAACAGCCAACCCAGCACUUGGAAAAAAAAAAAUUUCAUGAAGCGUCAGAAUUGGAUCCAGGGUUUGCUUCAGAAAGCAUUUCUCUCUUUAACAGUCUUUUGUCAUGUUUUUCUUUUAUAUAUUUGAAAGAUUUUUGUGGUCUUUUUGUAAUUGUAAAUUUACUGGAAAUACGGAGAGAGACACAGACAUAAAGAAGGUUGUUUCAGA